AUGUCUGCUAUCCAUCGCAGGAAUCUGUCCUCUGAUUCUCUGCAAGACACCAUUAUCGACAUUAUUCUAGUUGUGUUGGUAUUUGUGUUGUGCUUUUUGAUUUUAGCGGUGGUGGGGCUUCAUAUAUUACAAAGACGCAGGGAGAGGCAAAGAACCCACAGUUGGACAUCAUGUGAGGCUCUGAGAAUUGUAUCUUCAACCCCAUCGUCAUGUUUUCCGGGAGGUGUCGCGUACGCGAUAUAUGAAGUUGAAUCAAAUCAAACGAACGGCAAGGAAACUGCCAAAGUUGUGAAAGAUCAUGCCAGUCAUGACAUGGAAAAGGCUGAGGAUUCGCGCGACUCGGGAAACCGUGGCAAAGUACAUUCGGUGCCAGACCUUGUUUUGCGCCCCAUUUUGUGCGAGUCACAUCAUGUAUACUGCUACCCCAACGUAGACUCUGGCCUCUCAGGAUCCGGCUCUACGCUCCCUGGUUUUACAACAACCCAAACACCGAGUCCAAUCUGCGAUGCCAGGAACAAGCCGUGCCCACCAGAACCUGCAGUUACACCUCCGUAG